UAGUCCAUCUCUUGAAAGCGGACGUGCUUCAAGCAACCACCAAAGCCGAGCAAGAGCCAAACAUCACCAGGGAAUCACAAGCGGAUCAAUCGGUGGAUAACAAUUCAGGAGACGGCAAUUAGCUUCCACUGAUAUAAUCAUGUCGGUUGAGGCGCUGUCCGGUAAAGUCUUCUUGGUGGUAACCGGUGCGAGUCGUGGCAUCGGUCGACAAAUCGCGCUAACGUUUGGCUCGCUGCUGGAGAAAGGUUCGCAUAUGCUCUUAUUGGCGCGAGACCUCAAUGCUCUGUGUGAAGUCAAAAAAAGUAUACCUCCCAUCGUGAAUGUCGAUGCGGUCAGGAUGGAUUUGAGUAAAGCGACCAAAACCGAUCUCGAAGAAGCCAUACUGAAAACUCUGAAAGGAACUACUCGCGAGGCGUUCGACCGAGUGGUCCUAGUGCACAAUGUGGGAAGUCUAGUGGCAAAACUGCUGAACGACGUGACAGACGUGAAUGACUGGAGAGCGUACUACGACUUGAAUUUUUUCGUGCCCGCUGUGUUGAAUGCGGUGGCUAUGAAUCUCUUCGAUUCGAAGACGAACACGAAGAAAUUAAUUAUGACUAUCAGUUCUAUAUACGCUGUUCAGCCGUUUGUUGGCAGUGGUCACUAUUGCACGGCGAAAGCAGCACGGGAAAUGUAUUUUAAGGUCUUUGCGUUGGAGAAUCCCGACGUUGACGUAUUGAUUUACGCUCCGGGAUUCGUCGACACGGAUAUGUCUACUUUCUCAUGCGAAAACACUCUUGAUCCCGUAAAUAAGGAAAGGUAUUGCUUAACGCGGAAGAACAAGACCAUGUUAACUGCAGAACAGAGCAUUAAUCGUCUUGUGGAGAUAUUGAAGGUACAUAAGUAUAAAUCGGCGGAAGUUGUGGAUUAUCACGAUCCAUUGUAGAUACUUGACUCUUCAGGGGAAAGGAACAUGCACAAGAUAAGUCAUUCAACAAGCCUCUUAAUAAACUAAUUUUUUUAUAAAAAUGUGUUUUAUUUUAAAAAUAAUAUAUUUCUGUAACUUCUUGCGCAAAGUAAUAUAAAAAAUGUUAUAUUUAAAUAAAGUUACGCAUUAAUCUACAACUUUUCUCUAAAAAUUCUCUGGAUGCACCACGUAGCACUGAGUAAUAGAUUAUCGAAUAACAAUUGAAUAAUAAUCCUCACACGAAAAAGUACAAUCUUAUCUCCUAAGAUCACAGAUUGCAAAAUUCAAACAUCACUUUUCUCAACAUUGUCUCUUCUGACUUAGUUAUACCAAUUGUAUAAAAUUUUAUUUUAUACUUUUUCCGUUUAAAAAUACGUUACAUAAAAACAUUGGGCAGUUUUCAUUGUACAUUGUAAAACGUACUAUGUAUUAAUGCCUGUCUAUUGUAUUGUAAACUAGUUCGCAAACUAAUUUAUGCAGGUCUCAUCUACAUUUAGACUGCCUCAAUGUCUAUUAUAUCAGUAUAAAAUGUUUCUAAAAAGUGCAAGUUAUAAAAUUAUAAAAUUAUUUUUGCACAUUAUGCAAAUUAUGCAUAAUAAUUUGAUCAUUAAAUGUGCUGUACAUAUCUUCAUAGAUGUACCAUAUAAAACAGAUCUAUAUAAUAGUUGCAAGUAUAUGAUAAAUAUGCGUACAAUUAAGAAUAUUGUAAAAUACUAUAAAAAAUAGAUGCGAUAAUUGAAAUGUAGAAAGAUAAUAUGAAUAAAUACAAUAUUAUCCUUC